CUCUCUAGGGCUUUGGAAGGGGGUUCACCGUUUAGCGCUCCCAAAUGAAGUAUCUGAACUGAACCAGCAUCAAGUUGGCGAAGUCAUCACCAUGGCGUUUUCACUGUUCUCAACUCCGCAACCGCAGCAGUCUCAGCAGUUAUUUCAAUCGCAGCCACAAUCACAGCCGCAACUUUUUCAGCAGAGCAGCGCAUUGUUCUCACAGCAGCCACAGCAGCAGUUAAUGCAGCAACAGCAGCAGUUGUUCAUUUUUACUAAUGAUAAGGCUCCUGCAAGUUAUGGUACUAAGUGGGCGGACCUCCAUCCAGAUUCGCAGAAAACCCUCCUUCAGAUAGAGGAACGAAUUUUGGAGUGUCGGGAUGAAAGUCAGAGGCUGGAUCAGUGUAGUCGCCUCUACGAUUCUUCAGUUUCUAAUGAUGGAUUUGAGCUUGAUGCCAGUCGAAUUGUUCAGGAACUUGGGGGAAUUAGUACGUCUACAGAACAUCAAAAAGUACUGCUUCAAGAGCUGAUGACUACUGCGAAAGGGAUGCUUUGGAACACGGAAGUUGCUAUUCGCUCUUUCAUGAUGAUACGCCCAAGGUUCCUUAAUCAGAGUGAAGGAGGUGCUUCAAAUUCCACUGCACCGCCACAGGUCUCUGGAGCAACAUCACCAAUAGGUUCUAGUGGUCAACCGACAUCUACCUCAAUUGCUCCAGUUUUUUAUUUCUACAGUGGGCUCCCAAGAAAACCAUCUCCAUUUUUGCAACAAACUGUUUCAAGAUUUGAGAAGUAUCUUGGUGAAUGUCGCCAAUGGAUUGAAGAGUUAGAGCAAUUCCUUGCCCUAGAUUGUAACAGGAGUGCUUCCAAUUCUAGCACUUCAUUGUUUCAUUCACUUCCUAAAAUCAUGUCAAAUGUGCACGAAUUCUUUGUUCAUGUGGCUGCCAAGGUUGAGAGCAUUCAUCAGUACAUUGACUCAAUGAAGGCGGCUUAUCUUGCGGACCAGCGUUGCAGAGGGGAUGGAAACAAUCCAUUUCUUGAGGCUGAUCGAAGGGAAACUGCACGCCAAGAAGCGGCAGCUAAGAGGGUACAUCCAACUUUACAUUUGACUGCAAAUACACAACCAUCAACCCAAGCUGCUGGAUUACUUGCCAGCUCAGGUAGCCAUGGUGCGUCAACAGUACAACAGUUGUCUACAGUUGCUACACCAGCUUCUUCCGGUGGUGGAUUGUCACUAUUUAGCACUCCCUCUGCUCCAUCCACUACAUCAUCUUCUCUUUUCAUGACACCAACAGCAUCUGUUCAAACAUCCUCUCUGUUUAGUUCUUCCGGUGCAAGAGGUCCUACAACACUUUUUGGCUCGUCAUCUGCACCAUUGUUUAAUUCUGCUAUUACUCCCUUUGGCAGUACUGCUCAAUCUUUUGGGCAAUCUGCUUCUGCAGGAAGUUCACUAUUUUCGACGCCCUUUGCUUCAGGUGCUGCAACAGGAUCUGGGGCUAGCUUUGGAGCAACUUCGAAAUCAUCGAAGCCAAAGUCCCGAACGGCACGACGCUACUAGUCAUAAAUGACCAUGUAAGAUUAUUACCAGCUACAAGUAACAACUGAUGAAAAAAAAUAGCCAAAGUCUACAGGAAACAACGGUGUCAUAUUUUGGGGAAAGGCCAAUUCCUUAGUUACCUGAACCUUUCUUGCAAAGUAGAAGGAAAUUGGAAUGUUUUCUCAAGACAUCCGCCUCGGCUCAUUGCCUUCUGAAGGAGAGUGGCGAGGUGACGCGAGAAUUCUGUAACUCUGUAGAAUACGCAUAGGUGCGAUCGAUUCUUCUCAUGAAAACUCAAAGAACAAGACUUGUUUUUCUUUUGUCACACACCAUUUUCUUGUCAUUCUUAGUGGCCUGCAGUACAGAAAAUUUGACAUUGCGGGUUUCAGGAAACAAGAAUAUGCUCAAGUGGGAGACUUUAUACUCAAAAGCUCGAGUGUUUAUCGGAUAUUCUUCUUGGACAUGUCGAUGCCUCCGGCUCAGCCGCCGUCAGGGCUGGCAAGUUCACUUUUUAAGAGGUUCAUAUAUCUUCUCUACAGUAUCUUUAAAGAAUUUUUUUCGCAUCUGCAUUACUCGUGUAAUUUGUGUACUGAAUUUUUGGUGAGUUUUCAUCCUUUUUUUACCUUUUAUAUACACAUAUUUAUUGA